UCCACAAUGAAACGUAGACAUGGAUUACUGCUGGUGGACUGCCUGACGGUAGUGCCACGGAGGCAGGAUCAUUUGCAGAAACUUGAGGAUGUCACUGACAUCAGUCACGCAAUUCUCACUCCGAUGAACUUGCUAUAUGACCCUGACACAUGGCUUGGUGUAUUGUAUUUGCACCAGGCUGCAUGUGAUGUAAGGGUGGUUCUGCUCUGCAGCAUGACUUGGAGCUGAUAUUCGAAUAUAUUGUCCAGUGUUCUGAUCACCUGCCACAUUUUUUAACAAGAUGAAUGAAUCCUCCCUUUAAAGAGAAGAUGCAGAGCAAAAAGGAACGAAACUCUUGGGUCCUGCGGAAGUUCUCAUUUGUUCAUUCCUUAAACCACCAUCGGAUGCUGACUCUGUACCCUGCACUACCUAUUGGGAGGCAGAGAAAGCAGCCCAGGGCCGGUGGGGUGUGCAGAGGCGGUGGUGACAACCGAAGGGCGGGGCCUGGGGAGCUGUGGUGCUGCAGAGUAAGCCUGGUUAACAGGAGAAAGGGCCUUCAAGGUGCAAGGGCAGGAAAGGGCCCAGUUCCUCCAGGCUCCAGCCCCAAGGGAGAUGGGGCCCCUGAGGUCUUCCCAGCACUUCCCCUUGGGACCACUGCCCCCCAAGUGCUGGUUGUGGUUUGCCCCUGAGCCCCACACCUCUCAUCUCGAACUGCCCACAGUACAGUUUACUGAACACCUGCUCUGUGCCGGGCACUGGCGCGGGUGCCGGGGAUGAAGGCAGUGAACAGGUCAUGCCCGACCCCUGGAGUUUUGCCCUGUGAAGCAGACAGACAUCAGACAAGCAGAUUUCAAGACAGCAGGUCAUGCUGAGGGCUGAGACGACAGUAAGCCAGGGACAGGGACUGAUGGGGGCUGGUCCCAGGGCCGCCUUCUGGCACAGCACAUACCCCUGCUCGCCUCGGCCUCCUGAGAAGCCUCCUGGCCUGUCAUCACACCCAGACUCUUGUCCUCUCCUCCCACCCUUUCUAACCGGCCAUGGUGCCACCUAGGAUGCUGGCUGUGGCACCAGGAGCUGACUCUAUGAUCCGCCAGCCUUCGCCUCCCUUCCUGCCCCAGUGGAACCUGCAUCCUGUGCCCUGCCCCACCUGUCCCAGCCCUCCUCAUCUCCGUGUCCCUUCCACACCGUUUCCCCUCCUGUCUUCAAACUCACAUCCCCUCUGGUGCCCACCAUGGGCUGAGCCUCUGGACUUCAUGGUCCUCCUUUUUCCUCUUUCCUCUGUCAUCCACUGUCACUCCAACCCUCCUGUCCUCAUGGAACAUGGCAGCUCCCAAACUGUCUCUUCUCUCCACCUUAUUCUUGACACCGUCCUGGCUGGUGUCUGCAGUCACACGGAUGACCCGGUACUUUGUCCCCAGCUCUCCUCCUGAUGCCCACAGCCUCUGCUUCUGCACCGCCAUCCGGAUCAUGCCGGGCCCCUUUUCCUGCCCUAUCUACUCACUUCUUCUCUUCUCUUGUGCUCUCUGACCCGGCUACUCCACCUGAUGGAGGCGCCUGGGACACGGGUGGUCCCAUCUCAUUCCAAAUCCAUGUCCCCAGCCUCCAAAGAACUGGGACCCUGUGCAGCAGCCCCUUCUCCCACCACUUUCCUGAGACCGCCAGUCAUGAAAAAAGAAAAACCUAUGCGUAUAGUACCCAUCUUUUCACCUAGAAAUAAAGGUACAUUUAUUAUACGUUUUGGUACAUUUUACACAAGAAAAUAGAAUGCUUUAUUUUUGGAGAUAAGAAUUACUGAUGAGCAACCAUAAAUAGU